AUGCAAAAAAUAGAUAUUGCACUUAUAUCCGCGCAAUACAAAAACAUUGAUGGUUAUUCCUGGACGUCGGAUGGUUCAAACAAGUCGGCGAUUUGGACAAUGGGACAUAUUAAGCCGCAGAGCAAAAUGAUGACUGCUAAACACGGCUUUACAUGGGUUAAGACGAAGGGCAUCUAUUUCUUCAGUUGUUAUGCUCCACCGAGCCUCACCGCAGAAGAAUAUGAACGAAUGCUGACAGCCUUGGCAUUUGAGGCACGUGGCAAGCAUCCAGUACUUAUAGCCGGCGAUUUCAAUGCGUGGUCUACUACCUGGGGAAGUACGCGUACUAGCAGACGUGGCAGAGUGCUUUUGGAAAGUCUGGCACCAUUUGACCUGGAAUUGCUCAAUGUGCCUGGUAAAUUCACUUUUCAAACCGAAAGAGGAUGCUCAAUAGUGGAUCCCGCCUUCGCAAAUAGUACUAUAGUGCGCAACGCAACAUGGACUGUAAGCUCCACCUACACGUACAGCGACCAUAAGGCAAUAACCAUCGAUAUACUAAUGGGUGUAGAAAAUAGUGAUUUUCGCCCUCAAAGAGCACAGAAAAGAGGAUGGAAGAGACAAUCUUUUGAUCCCGAAGUUUUCAACAUGAGCUGGAACGCUUGCCUAACUCUGGAUAGCGCUGGGGAACUGAAGGCAGAAGGCAUGACGGCGGUCGUAAGCAACUGUCUCAGCAAGGCCUGCGACGGGACCAUGCCUAGGUUAUCGGGAAGGCCACACAGAAAAGCAGUAUAUUGGUGGAAUAGUCACAUCGCAAAAAUAAGAGGAGACUGCAAUCGGGUGCGCAGAAAGCUGAAGCGAGCUUGUGGUACACCAGCCGUCGAUGCAUUAUUAGCACAACAUAAAACCUGUAAAGCUACGCUUAAAAAAGCUAUACAGGCUAACAAAAAUCGCUGUUUUAAAGAGCUUUGCGACAGCGUGAACGUCGACCCCUGGGGAAAGGGACAUAAGGUUGUAAUGAGAACUGUCAAGAAUCCCAGAGGACCACAGCCAACGUGCCCAGCCCUAUUGCGAGUAGUGGUUUCCACAUUAUUUCCAUAUUAG